UGUAAAAUGAGUACAUAUAUCCACAAGCUCCUCUUUGACAUUUCCGAGUCACUGGGCACGGAUGACCUGGCGGCUCUCAAGUUCCUCAGCCUGGAGCACAUCCCCUUGAAGAAGCAGGAAGCCAUUCAGGACCCCAAGGCCUUCUUCCAAGCGCUGCAGGAGAAAGCCCUGGUCAGCGACGGUGAUCAGGCCUUCCUGAAGGAGCUGCUCUACCGGAUCAAUCGCGUGGACAUCCUGGUUUCCCACCUGGGCUCCAGCCGGGAGGAGAUGGAGAGGGAGCUUCGGAUCCCAGGCAGGGCGAAGGGCAAGCUCCGGGAUAAUGCUUCAAUGUUGAUGGUCUUACUGGAAAUGGAAAGAAAUGACCUAAUUGCAGAAGAUGAUGUGACAAAACUGAAGGAUAUAUUAAAGGGAUUUCGUGCUGACCUAAAGAAAAAAAUUGAUACCUAUGAACUAAAAACAAAAGUGGAGAUGCUAGUGAAUGGCCUGCCUGGCGUGAGCACUUGUAUCCAGACUCAGAUUACCUGCAUCUUGCUGCCAGCCAAAGGGCAGGGAAGGGCUGGAGUGAGUGGUUUGUUUAUCCUCCUCUUAGGGAAUCAUUCUGAGGAAAAAUUCUUCCCUCCAACAUGCACAUCUGUGAAUCCAGCAGAACAAGGAGCAGUGGGGGGAACACGAGCAUGCCGGUUUGUGGAAGCAUAUAAGAUGGAAAAUAACCCCCACGGUUACUGCGUGAUUCUUAACAACUACAUUUUUAAAAAUCCCAGUUUAAACAGGGAAGGAACAGUGAAAGAUGGAGAGACAGUGAAGAGGGUCUUUAAGAGGCUUCAGUUUGAGACAAUUGAGCACAUGGAUCUAGAUGCAAAACAACUGUAUGCAAAAGUUGAAGAAUACAGCAAGAAAGAUCAUAGCAAUAUGGACUGUUUUGUUUGCUUCAUCCUUUCUCAUGGUGAAAAAGACAAAAUAAAAGGCAUUGAUGAGGAAUGUAUUAAUAUUAAAGAUAUACUCUUACGCUUUAGUGGAUUAAACUGUCCUUCUCUUGCUGGAAAACCCAAGCUGUUUUUCAUCCAGGCUUGUCAAGGGUCUGUAGGUCAUCAAGCUGUCAUGUUAAAAGAAGACUUGUCUGUCUAUUUGGAGACAGAUGCUAUCCCUCUGCCUUCCAUACCUGAUCAGGCUGAUAUUUUACUUGGCUUGGCUACCGUGGAAGACUUCGAGUGUUACCGCUCCAUGACGUCUGGCAGUGUUUACAUCCAGUGCCUCUGUGAAAAGCUGGAGCAGCUUUGCCCACUCCGCAUGGAUAUCGUAACCAUCCUGACAGAAGUGAACAGGAGAGUGGCAAGCAAAGAAUUAAAUGGAUAUAAACAGAUGCCAAAAAUAUCAUCAACCCUAAGGAAGCAACUGAUCUUCCAAUUUCCAUAGUCCCAGUCAACUGAGAAGUACAAAAAACAACACAUAGAUGGGAGCUGUGAGCCAUUCUAA